AUGAAUAGCAGUAGUUAUAGCUAUCAUAGCAGUGAUUCACUGUUUAGCAACAGUACUAGUGCUCGAACCAGCAUUGACUCUAACGAGAAUUUCCUUUCUGUUAAUUGUGGUCCCACACUGAUUAAAUCUUGUAUAAGCUUUGGUAAUGGCACCUUAGAAGGAAACAGGUUGGAAAUGCUGCAGCAGAUUGCAAACAGAAUUCAGCGGGACAGCCGGAGCUGUGAGGACAAACUAAUACUUGCCCGGAAUGCUCUGCAGGCUGACACCAAGCGAUUAGAGUCAGGGCUCCAGUUCCAACAUGAAGCAGAGAUAGCUGGGUAUCUUCUCGAAUCCGAGAACCUUCUCCGCCAGCAAGUGAUUGAUGCCCAAAUUCUUAUUGAUGGAAAAUACUAUCAGGCAGACCAGCUUGUGCAAAGAGUUGCAAAACUUCGUGAUGAACUGAUGGCCAUACGGACCGAAUGUUCUUCUGUGUACAACAAGGGGCAUGCACUGACAACAGAGCAGACAAAGCUGAUGAUAUCAGGAAUAACCGAAAGCUUAAACUCAGGAUUUACAGCAAACCUAACCCCUGAAUUAAAUGCUGCAAUGACCCAAGGUUUAACACCUACUUUGACUUCUUCCAGCUUGACAUCUGGCCUUUCAUCAGGUCUUACUUCCAGACUGACACCAACUAUCACUCCCGCUUACACACCAGGCAUCCCACCACGGUUAAUUCAAAGCUACGUGACAGGAGUAGAGAGUGGGACUCUGCAAACACUCAAACUGAUGCAAAUCAGAAAACCUCGUAUGAAAUCAGCUUUUGUGGAUCAGAAUUUAACAGAAGAAGAGGUGAACAUGAAAUUUGUCCAGGACCUAUUGAGCUGGGUGGAAGAAAUGCAGGUGCAACUUGAUCGAGCAGAAUGGGGUUCAGAUUUACCAAGUGUUGAAAGCCAUUUAGAAAAUCACAAAAAUGUCCACAAAGCUAUUGAGGAAUUUGAAUCCAGCCUUAAAGAAGCUAAAAUCAGUGAGAUCCAAAUGACUGCCCCUCUUAAACUCAGUUAUGCAGAAAAAUUGCACAAACUGGAGAGUCAGUAUUCAAAACUCUUGAACACAUCGAGAAAUCAGGAAAGGCAUCUAGAUACUCUUCACAAUUUUGUAUCUCGUGCUACUAGAGAGCUGAUAUGGCUGAAUGAAAAAGAGGAGGAAGAGGUUGCAUAUGACUGGAGUGAAAGAAACCCCAAUAUAACAAGAAAAAAGGAAUACCAUGCAGAAUUAAUGAGAGAACUUGAUCAAAAAGAAGAAGUUAUGAAAUCAGUACAAGAAAUAGCUGAGCAAUUGCUUCUUGAAAAUCACCCAGCCAGGCUAACCAUUGAGGCCUAUAGAGCUGCAAUGCAGACACAGUGGAGCUGGAUUCUUCAGCUCUGUCACUGUGUUGAACAACAUUUGAGAGAAAAUGCUGCAUAUUUUGAGUUUUUCAGUGAUGCCAAAGAAGCCAUGGAAUAUUUAAAGAAUUUGAAAGAUACCAUAUACCGAAAAUACAGUUGUGAUAGAUCAAGCAGCCUUCAUAGGCUGGAAGACCUUGUCCAGGAGUCUAUGGAAGAAAAAGAACAACUCUUGCAGUAUAAGAGCACAGUAGCAGGCCUUGUGGGGAGAGCAAAGGCAAUAAUUCAGCUGAAGCCAAGGAACCCUGACUGUAUACUCAAAACAUCCAUCCCAAUUAAAGCCAUCUGUGACUAUAGACAAAUUGAGAUAACUAUUUACAAAGAUGAUGAGUGUGUAUUAGCAAACAACUCCCAUCGUGCUAAAUGGAAAGUCAUUAGCCCGAGUGGUAAUGAGGCCAUGGUUCCAUCUGUAUGCUUUACAGUUCCUCCACCAAACAAAGAAGCAAUAGAUACAGCCAACAGGAUUGAACAGCAAUUUCAGAAUGUUCUGGCCCUUUGGCAUGAGUCACAUGUAAACAUGAAGAGUGUGGUGUCCUGGCAUUACCUGACAAACGAAAUUGAAGCUGUUCGAGCUGGCAAUGUUGCCUCGAUAAAGACGAUGUUGCCAGGUGAACAUCAGCAGGUUCUAAGCAAUUUGCAGUCCCGCUUUGAUGAUUUUGUGGAAGAUAGCCAGGAGUCCAAAAUCUUUACAAGCUCCGAUACAGCACAGCUGGAAAGGGAAGUUAGUGUUUGCAAGCAAUACUAUCAAGAGCUUCUGAAAUCUGCAGAAAGAGAGGAGCAGGAAGAAUCUAUUUACAAUCUGUAUAUCUCCGAAGUCAGAAAUAUCAGACUUCAGCUGGAGAGUUGUGAGGAGCGGUUAAUACGGCAGAUCCGAACCCCAAUGGAAAGGGAUGAUCUACAUGAAAGUGUGUUUAGGAUAUCAGAGCAAGAGAAACUGAAGAAAGAACUGGAUCGACUGAAGGAUGACCUGGGAGUCAUCACAGAUAAAUGCGAAGAGUUUUUCAGUCAAGCUGCUGGUUCACCUUCAGUCCCUACUCUGCGCUCUGAACUCAAUGUUGUUAUUCAGAACAUGAACCAAGUUUAUUCCAUGUCUUCCAUUUACAUAGAUAAAUUAAAAACUGUAAAUUUGGUGCUGAAGAACACCCAAGGAGCAGAAUCGUUAGUAAAACUCUAUGAAACUAAAUUGUGUGAAGAAGAGGCAGUAACGGCUGACAAAAACAAUAUUGAAAAUCUGAUGGGUACAUUAAAGCAAUGGAGAUCUGAAGUAGAUGAGAAAAGACAAGUGUUCCAUGCCUUAGAGGAUGAACUGCAGAAGGCAAAGAUGAUCAGUGAUCAAAUGUUUAAAACGCACAAGGAGCGUGAUCUUGACUUUGACUGGCAUAAAGAAAAAGUUGAUCAGUUAGCCGAGAGGUGGCAAAACAUUCAUUCUCAAAUUGAAAAUAGGUUGCGUGACUUAGAAGGUAUUAAUAAAUCUCUGAAGUAUUACAAAGAUACUUACAAUUCUUUGGACACGUGGAUUCAACAAGUGGAAGAUACUCAGCGAAAGAUUCAAGAAACCCAUCCUGAAAAUAGCAAAGCAUUGGCCAAACAGCUGAACCAACAUAAGAUGCUGGUUUCUGAGAUUGAAAUGAAACAAAGCAAAAUAGAUGAAUGCCAGAAGUAUUCAGAACAAUACUCAGCUGCUGUGAAGGACUAUGAGUUGCAGACUAUGACCUACAGAGCUAUGGUUGACUCCCAACAAAAAUCUCCAGUGAAACGCCGAAGAAUGCAAAGCUCAUCAGACUUCAUUAUUCAAGAGUUCAUGGAUUUACGGACUCGUUAUACUGCCUUAGUGACCUUGAUGACCCAAUACAUUAAGUUUGCAGGUGACUCUCUGAAAAGACUGGAAGAGGAAGAGAUUUUAAAGAAUAAGGAAGCAUCAGUGCGUGAGGCAUAUUCAGAUCUAAUGGCACAGCAAAACAGCACAAUUGAUGAGAACAGAAAACUCAUGGGAAAGGUAAAAACACUUGAGGAGAUGUUGGAGGAUAUGAAGAAACAAAAAUUCCGAGUGGAACAGGAGCUCCCUAAAGUGAGGGAUGCUGCAGAAAAAGAGCGGAAGAAGCAGCAAAAGGACAUGGAAGAGAUCUGUCUUCAGAAGGCCAAGGCUGAGCAAGAGGCAAAGCAGUGUCGUAUAGAUCUAGAGAGCAUUGAGAAAGAGAAAGCAGAUGCAGAGCAGGAGUUGGAGUGUGUAAGGCAGCUCAUUUUUCAGGCAGAGACUCAAAGAAGUAUACUGGAAGAAAACCUCCGUGCUUUUCGAAAUCAAAUAGAAGAAAGCACCUUUACCAGAAGAAACCUUGAAGAGCAUCUAAGAAGAAAAGAUACUAAUCUUCAUGAUUUAGAGCAACAAAAAAAAAUCUUAAUGCAGGAGCUGAAGGAAAAAACAGAAGGAGAGGAGAAACUUAUGAAACUGAUAAAGCAAAUGGAACAAGAUCUUGAAUUUAAAGGGAAUCUAUCAGAAAUAAAGCUGCAAGAAAAAGAGAAAACUGAAGCCAGAAGGAAUGUUGUUGAAAGCAGGUACUCUGUAACUAGAGAAACUUCCCUGCCAACUUUCACGGCUGGGCAAGGCAGCCAUUGUAGGACUGAUUCUGAAAUUACAAGUUUCCAGAAGAAGCAAGAAGCCAAAAAAGUAGAAGAGCUUAAACAGAAGAUAGAUGAGCUAACCCUUGCUAACAAAAAAGCUGAUAAAACUAUUAAAGACCUGAAAUAUGAGCUGAAUGAAAUUGAGCUUCAGAAAUCAUCAACAGAAGAAAAGUCUCGUUUAUUAAAAGAAAAACUAGAUAAAGUCAAUAGUGAACUUAAAUGCCUAAAAAUUAAGUUGGAGGAAAAAGACCAAGUAGAGCAGGGAUAUUUGCAGCAGUUGAAAGAAUUGGACAAGCAGCUACAUAGAACCACAGAUAAAGCUGAAGAGGUGAUGCAAGAAGCUAUAGAUCUUAAGCAAAUUAAGAUGAACUAUCAGGAGGAGCUGAAAUCUGUUCUGCAAGAAAAGACACAGCUAAAGAGAGAAGUAGAGGAAUUAACUAGAUCACAGACAAAAACUGAAAUCACUAUCAAACAUUUAAAUUCACAAAUCAGUUCUCUUCAAAAGGAGAAGCUGGCAGCUGAACACAGAACACAGUCAUGCAAAGGAGAAGCAAAUAAUCUUCAAGACCAAUAUAAGAAAAUUCAAGAAGAGUUGCUUCAAAAAACAAAAGUAGAGAAAGAAAACCAGCAGGAAAUUCAGAUGCUGAAGAAUGAAUUAUCCAAAAGUAAUCAGGUAUCAGAAACAUUGAAACGAAAGAUAGAGGACCUUAAUAAAUGGAAUACUGAAACAAAACUACUGAUGACGCAAAUUCAGUCUGAAUCAGAGAAGAUGACUGCAGAAAAACAAAGUAUUCAGAGGAAAAAUGAAGCAUUAAAAGCUCUAGCAGAUGGUUUCAAAGAGCAACUGCGUACAACAAAUGAACAAUUGCACAAGCAAACAAUAAUUGAGCAAGAAUUCAUAUGUAAAAUCAAAAGCCUAGAAGUUGAUCUAGCAAAAACAAAAGACUUGGCUAGUGAAUAUAAACAAAAAUGUGAUAAACAAAGUGCUUCCACCCUAACCAUUGACCGGGAAGUUAAAAAUCUAAAUGCCCAAAUGAAUGCUCUAACUAUGGAGAAGAGAGUGAAUGAGCAGAAGAUACAACUGCAGCAAGCUCAUAUACAAGAGCUAAGUAGUAAAUUAAAAAAAUUACAGGAUGAACUCCAUCAGAAGACUCUGGAUGAACAAAUGGCACGCAAGAAGAUGAUUCUGUUUCAGGAAGAAUCCAUUAAGUUUAAACACUCUGCAGAGGAAUUUAGGAAGAAAGUUGAAAAAUUACUGGAAUCCCAUAGCAUCACAGAAAAGGACAUUUCUGGCAUAAAACUAGAAUGUGUUGCUCUUCAGCAGGAAAAGCAUAUGGCUGAGGAAAACAUCAUGUUGUACAAGUUACAAAUGGAAGAUCUGCAAGAAAGGCUUAAAAAAUGUCAUGAACAACUGCAGCAAGGGAAGCAGGCUGAAAUGGACUAUCACCAGAAGUGCAGGAAACUUGAGGAAGAAUUGGAAGUGCAGAAGCGCACGGUUGAGAGCUUGAAACAGAAAAUGGACCUGCAGGUCAAGGAGAGUGAACACAGGAUUCUUUUGUUUCAGAAUGAAGUUCAGCAAAAUAAUAAACUCCAAGAUUCUGGAUUUAAAUUGAGCUGUGAGAGAAGAGGGAAUGAUUUCGAUUACCUGAGUGACACCACAGCUAGAGAAUUUGAACAGCUUCCUCCACAUGCAAAACCUAGCUCACCUUUGUUAAGGCAGAAACAGGAGAGAUCAGGUUUUAAAUCUGGUCAAAUAGAAGAAAAUACAUUGUAUGUAAGUGCUGAUGAUACGAUACCGAGAGAGGUGCAGUUCCAGAUGUCAAGAAUAAACCAAUCACUAGAAGAAGAUGCAAGCCCACAAUCUUUUACAGAGUUUGUUUCUCAAACAAGUACGCAGUUCCAGAUCACUUUUGAUAAAGCAAGCCAAAUCCCUGGAACAUAUGAAAGGGACAAAUUGAGAAACAGGAACCUACGCAGUUCCAGACAAACUAUUAGACAUGGGGAAGACAUGAAACAUGAUUUAGGAGUGGUAAAACUGCAUCCCUUGGAGAUAGUGAAGAACAAGCACUAUGGCAUGCAUGUUGAAGUCACAACAUUAAACCAAGAAAAUGACAAGACUUUUGGUAAUGAAGAGAGAAUGUUUGAGGGAUACAAAACAUCCGAAGGGUUUAGGAGAGAAGACUUUGCAAAGAUGAGCUCUUUCUUAGGGGAAGAGAUUUUGAAAACUGUUGAUGAUGCUACUCAGUUGGAAUAUUUUACAGAGGAAUAUGAUGAUAUUAAAUUUCAAGGUCUCCGACAUGAUGUAACUGCCAGACAGUUGACCGAAGUUAAACUUUUAGACAGGCUCACGGUUGAGCAGCUCCUUUCAGGGCAGAAAACUAUUGAUGAGGUGCAGAAAAGUCUUGAAAAAUUUUUAAGUAAACCUACAGCUAUAGCUGGGCUGUACCUAGAAUCCAGCAAAGAGAUACUCUCUUUUGCUUUAGCAGCAAAGAGAAGAAUCAUAGGAAAAGCAUUAGCAUUAGCAUUUUUAGAGGCCCAAGCAGCUACCGGUUUCAUCAUUGAUCCCACAACAGGUCAGAAAUUCCCAGUUGAUGAUUCAGUUGUUAGAGGGCUUGCAGAUAAUGAAUUCAAGAGUAGACUGCUUGAGGCAGAGAAAGCUGUUUUGGGCUAUUGCUGUUCUGGGAAAGUGAUCUCUGUGUAUCAGGCUAUGGAAGCUCGACUCUUAGAAAGACAAAAAGGUAAAAAUAUCCUUGAGGCUCAAAUUGCAAGUGGGGGGGUCAUUGAUCCUGUAAGAAGUGUUCGUGUACCUCCAGAAACUGCCGUGCAGCUUGGCUUGCUUAAUAACACAAUUUUAAAAUUUUUGCAUGAACCUUCUAGUAAUGCAAAAUGUUUUCACAAUCCAAAUAACAGGAAAGCUAUGUACUACUGUGAUUUGCUGAAAAUGUGUAUGUUCAGUGUAAGCAGUAAAUGCUUUCUGCUUCCAGUUGGUGAAAGGAAAAUAAGCAGCCCAUCAGCAGAGAAAAGUCAUAAAAUUUCUGUAGUAGACAUCAAAACAGGAGCUGAAAUGACUUCAUAUGAGGCUUAUCAAAAAAAUUGUGUUGAUAAAGCUACAUAUCUUGAGCUUUCCAAACAGGAAUUUGAUUGGAAGGAGUCCACAUGUUUUGACUCUGAUGGGAAUUCUUUUCUUUUGCUUACAGAUCUUAAAACCGGUGUACAGUUUAAUAUUGAGGAGACCUUAAAUCAGGGUAGAAUUGGCAGAGCAUUAGUUAAUAAAUAUAAGGAGGGUUUAAUCACAGCUAAUGAGUUUGGUGAUAUUUUAGUUAGCACUUCACAGCCAAAUAAAGAUUUAAACAGUCCUAUUGCAGGGUUCUGGCUUUCUGAAACCAAUGAAAGAGUUCCAGUUUUAAAAGCCUCACGCAAAAACUUGGUGGAUAGAGUUACUGCCCUCCGGUGUCUUGAAGCUCAGGUUAGCACAGGAGGCAUAAUUGAUCCGUUUACUGGGAAAAAGUACAGUGUUUCAGAAGCUUUGCAAAGGGAGUUAAUCGAUGAUGGUUGUGCCAAGCAAAUCCAGCAGUGUGAACUGAUCUUUACUGGGAUCAUUCACCCUGUAAAGAACACGGUUAUGUCAGCUGUUGAAGCUAUGCACGUAAAUGCCGUAGACAAAAAAAUGGGUAUGCGCUGCCUAGAGUAUCAGUACUUGACUGGUGGAUUGAUAGAUCCGAAGUCUCAUUCCAGAUUAACAAUGGAAGAUGCAAUUAAGAAUGGUAUUAUUGAUGCUGUCACAGCUACAAAGAUGAAAGAUGAAAAAUUGUAUGUUAAAGUUUUGACAUGCCCCAAAACUAAGAAGAAGUUGACCUACAAAGAAGCUUUAGAGACAGCUGUUUUUGAUUGCCAUACUGGGCUGCGAUUGUUAGAAGCAGCUCAGCCCAUGAAAACGGGAAUUUCCAGUCUUUACUAUAAUUCGUAA